AUGAUCCAUUCCCCAAACGUUACAGCGCCUUUCACUGUUCGUAAUCUUUUAAAUUUAGGAUUCAACCCGGCUAGUUACAAAGAAGCUGGUCCUGUCGAAUGCUUGACACACAUGACUUCGAUCCACGUAAUGCCAAACAAGAAUGAGGAAAACACAAACAACGGUCUGCCAUUACACGAAAACCAACAUCCCGAUUUUCUAUACCCUGAAACGCCGAGAUCGAUGUAUUUAAAGGCCGAUGUAUCAAACCAUCUCAACAGCUCGCAUCCUCCGCUUCUAGAACCCCCGUGCCCUCCAGGUAAGCCCUUAACGUCUUGUGUAUUUUAGCUUUAAAACGUAUAUUUGAUUUUCCUAUUUCAAGGCCUGUCCGUAAUUAUAAUCAAAUCUAGUAACACAAAGUAGGGGGAGGGAAAUUGCUUCAAGUGUCUUAAAAGAGCAACACCAUUGAAAGGUUAAGACAUUUCUCGCAUCCGUUAAAGUUUCUCGUGAGUGCGCUUACUGAUAUCUGUAUAUUUAAUCGUUCGCGCCUAAAUUUUAUGUGCGAUAUUAACGAUUCAGGCCGUCAGCGCGAUUCAUGCAAAAUCAGUGAAGAAGAAAGCGUUCGACAACUCACGUCAUUCACUUAUGCGAAAAUAUUUACUAUUUGAAAUCUUCGGGGCGUGGAAGUCUUUCACUACGUUAAUUACCACAGUAACCCCUCAGGCUAAAUGCUUUAUAGUGAUGGCGUUGUUGAUAGUUUAGGCUUUGUAUUAACAAAACGAAUUUUUCCUGUACGUUGCAGUGUCAAUGGAAUCACAGUUAAACAACAAGUCGGAAAGCCAAGAGAUCACUCAAGAACUGCAACAUACACAACACACUUCGCCGAGCGCCAACGAGUUGCAUCAUCAAGUAACAAAUACGAACUUAGGCAGCGAAGUACCUAAUAAACAGAAGCGUAUACGAAGGAAACCACGCGUACUCUUCUCUCAGGCUCAAGUCUAUGAGCUCGAAAGGCGGUUCAAGCAACAGAAAUAUCUCUCGGCUCCCGAACGGGAUCACCUCGCGAGUAUGCUUAAACUUACAUCCAACCAGGUAAAGAUCUGGUUCCAGAACAAACGCUACAAAUGUAAGAAGCAAGCGCUUGAAAACAAAGCAAGGUCAGCUGGGAUGGAGUCAUGGUAUGGGCUCCCGCCAGAACCUAGGAGGGUAGCCGUUCCAGUGCUUGUCAGAGAUGGAGAACCAUGCUUAGGGAGAGAGCCUUACGGCUUAAAUAUGAACAUGAAUAUGAACAUGAACUUCGCCCCACAUUAUAUGAACAUGUACCCGCCACCGCAGAACAACCAUCUAGCAAACAGAACAUGGUAAAAUCAGUGUUAGGUCUAGGCCCGCGAUAAGCGUAGAGAACAAGCUUUCGCUGUGAUACUGCAAGGCAGGUCCAUACAGUGAACGGCUCUUAUCAAUGACACAAAGCAGAACGCGAGAUAUUUAAAAUUUUCUGGUGAAAGGAGAGAGGGGAGAUACAAAGAUGUGAGAAACACGAACCAGAAUGUAAUGUCAGAGCAACGAUAGUAUUUAGAGAAUAUUUUUAAGAAAAAGAAUUGCGGCUUAUGUCUAUUGUGUAAAAUAAGGAAAAAUGAAGAAAUGUGUAUAAUUAUUGAUACUAAAAGUUAAACACUGUUCAAAAAGCAUACACUCAACGCUCAGUCUUGUACACAUUUUAAAAACCACGUUUAUAUAAGCCUUUCGAGAGAGGCGCUAGUUUGUCACUUAACGCUGAUAAAUUUCUCACACAAAAACAGUAUAAUAUUUCACCACAGUUAUAUUUCCCACAGACGAAGUCAAAGCAUAAAUUUACAAAUAGGAAAAAGCUAGACAAAUCAAGAGUGUUGGGGUGUCACAAGAAGCUAAUACACAUGUGACACUAACCGCCUCAAUAUCAACUGGACACGGAUAAAAUACUGAAUUGACAUCAUUUCGUAGUAUUGAGCACUGGUUAGGGAAAAAAUUAAUUCAAGAUGACCUAUGUCACCACAGAAAUGUUUUUCAUCUGUACGUGUGUUUUGUUAUUUUCAUUAAACCAUGAUGUUUUAUUUUCAAGAAACAGGCAGUUUCUACUUCGUGCAUUUUUUAUCUGUGAUUUUAAGUGAGAGCCAGCUUUGGAAUUGAGUAGUCAUGACUUAUGCGUGAAAUAGCGAUAUCUUGAUGACUGGCAUGCGAUAAGCAAUAACAGAACAAAAUUGAAAAGCAAGCAACUUGUCAAGACGAAUCACGGUUUUAUAAUGUCUAAUGUUCAUCUCGCCAUACGAGAAUAAAUAAUGAUAAAAGCGGACAGACGUUGCUUGGAGCAUAUAUACCGCGGGGAGAAAGACAGCUUUUAAAAUAAUUACAUUCAUUCACUACAACUUAAUUGGCGAUUGAUGGUAUACACAUUGAGAUUCCGAGACCAACCAUAAGAUGCAAAACACAAGUCUAUUAUGAGAUAGCCAUUAAAGUGUAUGUUCCGAGUCUCAAGUCUGUCGGCUUGUCCAUGUCAGCUGUUAAUACACCAUCGGUAACUGCCUUUUCAAACUUUUUUAACUUACAACUUACAUAUUUUUUUAAUGUUUAGUUUGUUUCAACACAUUUUCUUAAAAACGAAUAAAAUAUCACAAUGAAA